AUGACUCCCUGCUACGGUCUACGGAACACUUUGACACUCCUUCCCUCUGGGAAGGCUCUUAUCGUCAUAGGACAGGUCUCUCCAAACUGUAGCCCUUCUCCUAAACCGGUCAACAAGGAGCGACAACUCCUGUACAUGUCACGUGUGUCUAUCAGGGAGGAGGACAAGAAUAGACGUUCCGUGGAGUCGUUCCUCAGUGUGCCGCCAGCCAUGGAGUACAUCACUAACGUCAGCCGUACCCAUUAUCAAAGGGCAACAACUCAUGGACUCCCGGUCGGAAUCUUUGGAGAAAGAUCUGGAUAUGGAGUAGAUAGACAUCAUCGCCAAACGGGUGAAGAGGAGGGAAAACAAGCAUUCCGCAAAUGGUUUUCGCACAUUGGAGAACUGAGAUCACUUUUUCCUAAAGCCUCAGUGCUUGCAUUGAGUGCUACGUGCACCAAGAAAAUAUUAAGAAGAGUUACAAAAAUUCUCCAACUUGGCACCGACACAACCGAAAUUAGAAUUUCACCCAACAGAGAUAACAUCAAGGUUGUUGUGAAAAAAAGUCCAAAUACUACAGAGAUGGCCAUGGUUUGGAUUAUUGAUGCUUUAUCGGAUGGGACGUUACCAAGAACAAUUCUGUACUGUACAUCAAUAAAAGAUGCCUCAAAUAUAUAUUCCUACAUAAUAACAGAACUUCCACAGUGUUCCGAGGUGCAGAUGUUUCAUUCAGAAACCCCAGAGGACAUCAGAAACAAAAUUCUGCAAGAUUUAUUGGAUGAAAAAAGUGCCACCAAACUUGUUAUAGCCACAAGUGCACUAGGUAUGGGAGUGGACAUUAGGCGGUUUUAUAGUGUAAUUCUUGCCAAGAGCAUAGUAGACACUGUGCAAGAAAUAGGGAGGGUGGGGCGUGAUGGAAAGGACUCUGUAGCCCUUCUUUUCUUCAAUUCCUACCACCUGAGGACAGUUGACACUGAGGUAAAGGACAUGUUUACCUCAAAAGACUGCAGACGUGUGCCUAUGUUUGAGCCCUUUCUUUCAGAGGGAGAACUUUUAAAAGAAAGGAGUAAGACAAUAUCACAUUCAUGCUGUGAUCUCUGUGCCGACAGGUGUGACUGUGGGACAUGUGAUUUGACCCCUAUAGAGAAACUUUUUAUGGUGAAUCUUGUCGAAUUUAGUGACCAUAGUUCAUCCGAUACCGAACCUUAA